UAGGAUUUCAUAAUAAUAAUAAUAAUAAUUGACCCGUCUGUCUGAGCUCUGAUCUGCUGCUCUCCUGCAAUUUCUCAACACGGUUUUCAUCUCACACAUUCAUUCAUUCAUUCAUAAACCCACUCAACACCACACCACACCCUUUUCAAGACCAGACUUCACUCAUUAAAACCCUUCAGUUAACACAGAGCAUCCCCCCUCCAUUACUCUACUCUCUAUCCACAAAUGGGUUGUGGUCACACCCUCCAUUUAUUAACAACAACCAUUUCCCUUCUCUUUCUCCUCCUUUUUGCUCAAGGUAGAAUGCUGGCCACUCAAUCUCAGGUGGAGGAGGAGAAGACAAUACUGAGGGGACAAAUAGGAUCAAGGCCACCAAGAUGUGAAAGAAGAUGUGGGUCUUGUGGGCAUUGUGAAGCCAUUCAAGUGCCUACAACCCCACAAACCAAGACUGCAAUAAACGGAGUGAAGAACCCAACACUAGAAUAUGCAAGAGGUGAUUACAGCUCAAACUACAAGCCCAUGAGUUGGAAGUGCAAGUGUGGGAGCUUUAUUUUCAACCCAUGAGUUAUGAAUUUAUUUAAAUAAAUAAAUAAAUAAUUAGUAAGUGUACAUAUAUAAGAAAUAUUCCCCGUGCUUCUUUAAUUUCUUUUUCUCUUUUUUGUUUUUGUU